GCUCAUUUGUUUACGAAAUGAAUAGGGCGCACUUGUUUUGCACUUCUACUCUAAGUUGUACUUAGAAAUGACGUAGUAAGCUGUCUAAGUCACUACAGAUUUGAAAUAAAGUUAAUGCGCGACAAAACAUUUUGUAUUAGAUCCACGAACUCGACUAUUUAGCCUUAACGCCAACGAUGAAUCCGCAGAAAUUGAACGAUUGCCCGACUUGUACUGAACGACGUAACGCAGUCUUUCCAGAAUAUUUGCAAUUUUGUUGUUGUUUCAGCUUAUUGCAACUACUUUGGAGAAAGGAGAUAAAAAUAAAAUACAUGUGACGAGGCGUGUUUUUUUAUUUGUCGUGUUAAACAAGUUCGCCACACGAUGUUUAUUUACUGUCACUAUUUUUUUUUCAUUCCAGAAAAGUGAGAUUUUCCGUGUGAAUCGAUCUCAAAAGGUCUUUGAUAGGUUUCUCACCGUAAAAUUUUUCAUUUCAAUUAGUAAAAUGGCCACAUACUAAGAAACAACUACAGUGUAUUAUGCAUUCAUAACUACUGCUCUUACACUUUUUCUCUUGUAAGAUGUUUUACAGUCGCAGAUGUUUACAGUGGCACUUUUAGACUGAAACAUUUCCUGCCCCAGUAAUAAAACAUAAUGCAUACAGAAACAUAACAGAUUAAAUAUUCACCUGUGGCAGAUUAACAUACUUUACAGGACAUGCAGGCGCCUUCUAGUUCGCUGAGUAACACAUUUGACACUGUGGUACUGCUUGUUUGUGUUCUUAGCAUACUAUUAGGUCAACAAUGCAAAUAAACCAUUGGUUGAUAUAGAUUAUAUAUGUUGCAACCUAUGAACAAAAUUUAUGUACUCUUCCAUUUGAAAAUAAGCCCAUUGUUCAGUUAAUAAUUCAGCAUAAUAACGUUUGCAUGCAAGUCUGUGUGUUUUUUCAUGUGAUAACUGGAAUGCCAAGUGCAAUGCUAUGUCUAGAAACUGGACCUUCAUUCAUACAUAUCUUGGUACUAUACAGUCAUUAUAUUUGUGUAAGAAUAUGUCACAAAAUCUACAGCUUGUGAUAGACACAGAUGUAGGUCUAGAUGAUGCACUUGCUCUUAUGCUGUGCUUAGCAUCAGAGGCUUGGAAUGAAGCUAAAAUUCAUGGUGUAACAUGUGUACAUGGAAACACAUGCCUUGAAAACGUGUGUAGCAACACACUGAAGGUGCUACAUGCUGCAGGCCGCUUAGAUAUUCCAGUUUUUCGGGGGGCAAGUGAAUCUUUGGUGGAGAGUCCAGAAAGUAGAGCAGAAUUCUAUCAUGGCUGUGAUGGCUUUGGAGAUUUUCAAUAUCCUGCUGCCCCAGAUCCUGAUCAUCACAUACAGAAAGAUCAUGCUGUUAGUUUCCUGACCAAAAUUACCUCAGAAAGACCAAAUGAAAUCAGUCUUCUUUGUCUUGGACCUCUUACAAACAUAGCUCUUGCAAUCCAUAUGGAUCCACACUUUUGUACCAAUGUUAAGGAAAUGGUAAUCAUGGGUGGCAACAUUGCUGGAGUUGGGAAUAUCACAGCUGCAGCUGAAUUCAACUUCCACUGUGAUCCUGAGGCAGCACAUGUUGUUCUUAAGAGUAUGAAGUCCCCCAUAACAAUUUUUCCAUGGGAAACAGCACUUACAAGAACUAAUAUUUCAUAUAGAUGGCGCAACGAUGUUUUGGGAAAAAUUCAGAGCCCUCAGAUGCAGCUUUUGAAUCAGGCAGAAGCAAAUGUAAUAGCCAGACACUACAAGGAUGGUUGGGUGCAGUGUGAUCCGGCUGCUGCUGCCAUCCUCAUGAGGCCUUCCAUUGCCUCAUCAAAAGUAACGCAUUAUGUGAUGGUAGAGUUACAUGGACGGCAUACAAGAGGAGCAAUGGUUCUCGAUCAUAUCAAUUCACAAGGGAAAAAGCAUAAUGUGACUAUUAUAGAAAGCAUUGAUCUAAAUCUGUACAAGGAGCUACUUCUGACUGCUGCAAAAACUAACUUGAGCAGAAGUAAAAUACAAAAAGGACAGGGAGAAGAAACAUGAUUUUAUUUGUAACUUUUGUGUAAGUUAAUAUCAUACAAAAAUAUUAUGUAUCAGAAUUAAAAUUGUAAUUUUGAAUUUCAUAAAAGUAGCUUAGCAUGUUUUCAUAUAUUGUCCAUUAAGAUUUAUUUUCAAAACUUUGGCUUAUUAGUUUCUUAUUCAUUUCCCGUGAUGUUAACUGAAUGCCUGUCUUAAUCCUAUUACUCCUGCUAUUUCAUGUAUAAAAAAAGGUUCCUUGUGUCAUGCUAUCAUCACUAGAUGAUAAAUUUAAUUCUGCAGAAUGAAUCAGUAUAAUACUGAUAUAUUAUUGUUUGUAUUCAUGUUAAACAUAAUUAGUAUUAUCUCUGUUACAUUUCUCUAAUGCAAUAUAACAUGAGCAAAUAUAUAACUUUGUA